CUACUGAAUCAACAUUCAACAUACAACAUACUCCUCGCUCUUAGGUAAUUGUUGAUACACGGAUUAUUUCCAUUGAAGGAUUGAGAGUUCAAUUGAGUGAGGUACGUGUGUGUGAUUCUCUUCGAUGGGAUGAAUUGGAUGGGGAGAGGAGGGGUAAGGGAGGAGCUUGAGGUGUUGGAGCUGUGCGGACAGGAUAAGACAAGACGACGGCGCGAUGCAUGUUUGCGGCAUUGAGACAAUUGCAGGCAGAGCACAUCAGAGCAGGAAAGAAAUUGGGUGUUUGCUUCUGCUUCAGGUUGUGACUGCGUUGAGACCGUGAUGGGCUGGCAUAUCGGCGUGAUGAACGAGAUACGCCGAAAAGAGAGAAGACAAGAGAGUGGAAUUUAAGCUAACGAGUGAUUACCAACAGAAAUUCUAGACCUUGCCACGAUCAAUUCAUUCAGACUACCAAUACCGCAUAUACCCCAAAUCCACAGCUCCCAACCGCAACCAUGGUAGCAGACUCCCUCCCCUCCUGGAGCACCCUCCAACAACACCACAACGACAUCGGCAAAUCCUUCGUCCUCAAAAAAGAGUUCGCCAAGGACCCCUCUCGAUUCGAGAAAUUCUCCUUCACAUUCCCCAACCCGGCCGACGGGACAGAAAUCCUCUUCGACUUCAGCAAGAACUUCCUGACGGAGGAGACCCUCAAGAUCCUCGUGCAGGUGGCCAAGGAGGCUAAGCUGGAAGACCUCCGCGAUGCGAUGUUCAAGGGUGAGAAGAUUAAUAAUACUGAGGGGAGAGCCGUGUUGCAUGCUGCGUUGAGGAAUACCGGGGAUGAGAAGAUUUAUGUGGAUGGCCAGGAUGUGAUGCCGGGCGUUAAUAAGGAGUUGAAGCAUAUGGAGGAGUUUAGUGAGGCGAUUAGGAGUGGAGAGUGGAAGGGUUAUACUGGGAAGCCAUUGACUACUAUUAUCAAUAUUGGUAUUGGUGGUUCUGAUCUCGGCCCUGUCAUGGUCACAGAAGCUCUCAAAUUCUAUGGAGACCGCAAACAAACUCUCCACUUCGUCUCCAACAUCGAUGGAACCCACAUGGCCGAAGCUCUCCGUGACUCCAACCCAGAAACUACGCUCUUCCUCGUUGCAUCGAAGACCUUCACCACCGCCGAGACAGUCACCAACGCCAACAGUGCCAAAGAAUGGUUCCUGAAGGAGACCGAUGGAAAGGGAGAUAUCGCCAAGCACUUCGUUGCACUCUCCACCAACGAGGGAGAAGUCACCAAGUUUGGUAUCGAUGCCAAGAACAUGUUUGGAUUUGAGAGCUGGGUUGGUGGACGAUACAGUGUUUGGUCCGCUAUUGGAUUGAGUGUUGCCAUUCAUAUUGGAUACAAGAACUUUUACCAGUUCUUGCAAGGUGCUAAUGCUAUGGAUAAGCAUUUCCGUGAGACGCCCUUGGAGAAGAACAUCCCUGUUAUUGCGGGUUUGUUGAGUGUUUGGUACUCUGAUUUCUAUGGUGCUCAGACACAUUUGGUUUCUCCCUUCGACCAAUACCUCCACCGCUUCCCCGCUUACCUCCAACAACUCUCCAUGGAAUCCAACGGCAAAGCCGUCUCCCGCAGCACCAACUCCUUCAUCAAAUACACCACCGGCCCCAUCCUCUUCGGCGAACCCGCCACCAACGCCCAACACUCCUUCUACCAGCUCCUCCACCAAGGCACCAAGCUCAUCCCCACAGACUUCAUCCUCGCCGCCCAAUCCCACAACCCCAUCGACAACAACAAGCACCAGAAGAUGCUCGCAUCCAACUUUUUCGCCCAAGCCGAAGCCCUCAUGGUCGGCAAGGACGAGGCCCAACUCAAAGCCGAGCAAACCCCCGAUAAGCUCCUCAAGCAUAAGACCUUCUUGGGGAAUAGACCCACCACUAGUAUCCUCGCGGACAAGAUCACGCCUGCGACGCUGGGGGCCCUGAUUGUGUAUUAUGAGCAUUUGACGUUUACGGAGGGCGCGGUCUGGGAUAUCAAUUCGUUUGAUCAGUGGGGUGUGGAGCUGGGGAAGAGUUUGGCGAAGAAGAUCCAGGGGGAGCUGGAGGAGGGCGCGGAGAAGGGAGAGCAUGAUAGUAGUACGGGGGGGUUGAUUGAGGCGUUUAAGAAGAGGGGGGCGAGUAAGAUUUAGAGUUGAAUGGGAUGGGAUGGAGAGAGUGGAGGGGAGAGGAGGGGAGACGGUGAGGUUAGAUUGAUUGGUUGAUUGAUUCAGUAUUGUUGAUUCGCUUGCUGUUGGAUUCUUGAUUUCUUGAUUCCUUGACUUAUUGAUUGAUGAACAAACGCACGCACGCACCACCCAAGUAGUAUAAAAAAGCACACACAGAAGACCGUAUGAUUGAAGAUAAACUCCGAUCAUGAUUCUGACUACAAUUACAUAUUACGAAGUGUUCAGUCCGCCAAUCCCCUUCCCCCCGGGUGCUCCUUUCC